UACACAGAAAAGAAUCCACACUGGGGAAAAAACCAUAUGAAUGCUUGGAGUGUGGAAAGAGCUUUAAUAAGGAUGCAAACCUCCGUCAACAUCAAAGAAUUCUCACUGGAGAAAAACCAUAAAUGCCUGAAGUGUGGGAAGAGCUUCAGUCAUAGGAGCACCCUUUACGUACAUCAAAGGAUUCACACAGGAGAAAAACCACAUAAAUGCCUAGAGUGUGGGAAGAGCUUCAAUCGGACAGGAAACCUUUACAUACAUCAAAGAAUCCACUCAGGAGAGAAACCCUAUAACUGCCUGGAAUGUGGAAAGAGCUUCAAUCAGAGAGGAAACCUUUACAUACAUCAAAGAAUCCACUCAGGAGUGAAACCCUAUAAAUGCCUGGAAUGUGGAAAGGCUUUCAAUAGGAAAGGAACUCUACAUGGACAUCAAAUGAUUCAUACAGGAGAAAAACCAUAUAAAUGCCUGGAAUGUGGGGAAAGUUUCAGUUCAAAGCAGUACCUUAAUUUACAUCAAGGAAUCCACAUGAGGAAAACCAUAUAAAUGCCUUGAGUGUGGAAAGAGCUUUACUGAUGUUGGACAUCAAAGGAUUCACAAGGGGUGGGGGGUGGUAACCCUAAAUAUGCCUGAGUGUGGAAAGACAGUCAGUAAAUUACUCAGAUGUCUGAGUAAUUGAAUUGAACUAAGGAAAUCAGUUGAAUAAUUGGUUUAGUUAAGUGUGAUUAGACACACAAGGAAUUUUCUUCCCUGCAGAAGUUCUCAAGAGUACAUGAAAGCAACAGAAUAA